AUGGUUGCUGAACUUGGACAAUAUGUUCAUGCAAUUGGGACGGAUUCCAACAAUUCGAUGGAACCCCAAAGUAUCAAAGCGAUUUACAUUGAACCUACAAAGGGACAAUGUACUGGGCACCAAGUGCUCAACCUCAAUACUAAGAAGAUGAUUUCCCGACCCAAGGUCAUUGUACUACCCGUUACCGACCAAGUAAUCAAGCGUGUUGAAGCUUGGGCUGCUGCUGAAGGUGUUGCUUCCAUGGAGUUCUUUGAUAAGAAGAGAGAUUUGGAGACAUUUCAAGAUGGCGAUCAAAUUGCAGGAGUGGAUGACACGGAACAAGGUUACUUAGAAGAAGCCUUUGAUCAGGACUAUGAACCUGAAGAUGAAGACGAAUGUGAUUUCAACCUACAUGGACAAUUCGAUGAUAUCGAUGACUCCGAAAGAGAAGAGCUCUUGGCAGAUGCAGACAAUGAUGUCAAUGAUAUGCCAGAACUCACUGUCAGAUUCCAAGGAGAUGAUGACUAUGAAUCAGUCGACGAUUCGGGUGAUGAAGGCGAUGAAGAGGAAAAACCUAUUGUGGCCGAUUUGGAUCACCAUCAAGAAAAUAUUGAUAGAGGAACCGAUGAUAUUGGGAGCCUCGUUACUGAUCUGGAGGUCCUACAAGAGCCACCAGAAGAAGAGAUUGUAUUUGAGCCUGAAACGCCUCAGGUAGCAAAAGUCACUCAAUCUGGGCAAGCAUAUGCGCAAGCUGCAAUGUCUGGGCUGAACCUUUCUCAAGUUCCAAAGAAACCAAAAGAAUGGCCUUCGAGCAGGAGUGGCAGUUCUACCAAUAAGAACAAGAAUCGAGUUGUGACAAGACGCAAGCAUCAAGAGAUAGAUUUGAAACCGUUGAAGAACAAGUAA